CUGAAGCACGUGCACAAAUCCAAAAACAGAUAUUUGCAGGUCAGCUUUUCUUUUUCACGAUUUCCACAUUUUCUACAUUUUUCACCUUUCAUCCUCUACCGCGUAUUUACUCUUAUUACUACAGGUUCGCCAUACAAGCAAACAGCACACGCAAACAACACGCGCACCUUGUCUUUUUUGUCUCUGAAUUCGCGUGUCAACGCUGCUGCCACAGGUUUUAUUCGCAGAGACAGCGCGCCAUUCGCCCUUUUGCUAAUUACUAGCACGCUUCAUAAUUACCACCGCCUACCACCAGUGCCGCCGGCUAGGCAUUGAAUUCACAUUAACAAGGACACUCAGACAUGGCGGACAUGGACGUCGACUCUCCCUCGGAGAGGCACAAAGCCGGCAGCACACACCACAGCGACACCAUGGACGCUGAGAUGAGCGAUGUCUCGCCUGAAGGCCCCAGCGCCGACACAGCUCAUGGCGACACAGCGGCGUCGGCCGCAGGAUGGAGCUCCAUUCCCAAGGUCGGGUUCAGCGUACACACAGCCGAUGAGAGCAGCAAGCCGGGGACGACUGAGCGGAUGGUCAAAGACGUGCCGCUGCCAGCGGCAGAGAUCCCUGACGCCAACACUGUGUUUGAGGGCGGCGACGCGUCAAAGCCACAGUGUGCGUUUUUGCGCAACCACUUUUUCCGCGAGGGCCGAUUGCGCGAACAGGACGCGCUGGCGAUUCUGCGCCAGGCCACGGUGAUUCUGCGCGCCGAGCCGACGCUGCUGACGAUUGACUCGCCGGUGACCAUCUGCGGUGACGUGCACGGGCAGUACUACGACCUGAUGAAGCUGUUUGAGGUUGGCGGCGACCCAGCAUCGACGCAAUAUCUGUUCUUGGGCGACUACGUCGACCGCGGGUACUUUUCGAUAGAGUGCCUGCUCUACCUGUACUCGCUCAAGAUCAAGUACCCGCAGACGAUGUUUAUGCUGCGCGGCAACCAUGAGUGCCGGCACCUGACGGACUACUUUACGUUCAAGCUCGAGUGCGUGCACAAGUACUCGGAGCACGUGUACGAGGCGGCGGUCGAAUCGUUCUGCGCGCUGCCGCUCGGUGCGGUGGUCAACAAGCAGUUUCUAUGCAUCCACGGGGGGCUGAGCCCUGAGCUGCACACACUUGACGACCUGCGGGCGCUGGACCGGUUCCGCGAGCCGCCAACGCAUGGGCUGAUGUGCGACCUGCUGUGGGCCGACCCGGUCGAGGACUUUGGGCACGAGAAGAACAAGAGCUACUUUGUGCACAACUACGCGCGCGGAUGCUCGUACUUUUUCAGCUACGCAGCGACGUGCGCGUUCCUCGAGCGCAACGGGCUGCUGUCGCUGGUGCGCGCGCACGAGGCGCAGGAUGCCGGGUAUCGCAUGUACCGCAAGAGCAAGGCGAACGCGUUCCCGGCAGUGAUCACACUGUUCUCAGCGCCCAACUACCUGGACGCGUACAACAACAAGGCGGCGGUGCUCAAGUACGAGAACAACGUGAUGAACAUCCGGCAGUUCAACUGCUCGCCGCACCCGUACUGGUUGCCCAACUUUAUGGACGUGUUUACGUGGUCGCUGCCAUUUGUCGGCGAGAAGAUGACGGACAUGCUGCUGGCCAUUCUGGACAUCUGCACAAAGGACGAGCUCGAGGAGAACAUUGCCGAGGCGGGUGCCGCGUCUGAUGCCCUUGGGGCCGCUGAGUCUGGUAGGAUUACCGAGGUGAGCGCUGCCAGCGACAGCGAAGGCGACAGCAUGGACGGCAGCAUCGCCGGGUCGCCACGGCCGGGCAAGAGCAUACGCAUCCCGGCGGCGCUGCUGGGCGGUGGCGCUGGUGCGCAGCCGUCAGAGCUCGAGCAGCGGCGCGAGACGAUCCGCAAGAAGAUCCUGGCGGUGGGCAAGAUAUCGCGCAUCUUCCGCGUGCUUCGGACAGAGGCUGAGACAGUCAACGAGCUCAAGGGCUUGCUUGGCACCCAGCGGCUGCCGGUUGGGCAGCUGUCGGCGGGCGGGCGCGGGCUGCGGAUGGCUGUGCUGUCGUUUGAAGAGGCCAAGCGCUACGACCGCGACAACGAGAAGCUGCCGCCGCUGCGCAAGCAGGCGUCCUCUGAGCAGCGGGUUGAGGACGCGGCAAUGCAGGCGGUGUGUGACGAGCAGGCGGCAUACGAUGCGGCCGAGAAGGAGGUCGGGCCGCUUGCAGCGCUCGAGGAGCGGCUGGACCACCACACGCGGCAGAUGAGCCAGGACAAGAGCGCGUACGGGUACUGAAUGAGGCCUAGAGCCGGCGCAUCCCGCACAUUUGCAAGCCCGGGCGGCAUUUGAUAUGGCAUAGCACAAAACACAAUAAUGUA